AUCAUUCGAAAACUUGCACGCUGAGCGACGCGGCCGUGGAGGAGAAAGAAACGCAGCGAACAAAACACACAAUGGCGACGGUGGCGACAACGGCAGGCGCGACGGGCUCAGGCGGACCGGCGACGGGCACUGUGGGCGGCGGGACCACCGCAGUGGGGAGGAAGAAAGACGGUGGUCCGUCUGCGAAAUUUUGGGAGAGUUCUGAGACGAUAUCGCAGUUUGAGACGGUUCGGCAGUGGAUCGGAAAACACUACAAGAAGUAUGUGCAGAAUGACUCCCCCUCCAGUAAAUCCUUGGCGGGUCUGGUGGUCCAGCUGCUGCAGUUCCAGGAGGACGCGUUCGGACGCAGGGUCAACAAUCCUGCUCUUACCAAGCUACCUGCCAAGUGUUUCCUGGAUUUCAAGGCCGGAGGUGCUCUCUGUCACACCCUGGGGUCGGUCUACAAGUUUAAGAGCGAGCAGGGGUGGCGUAGAUUUGACCUGCAGAAUCCUUCCCGGAUGGACAGGAACGUGGAGAUGUUCCUAAAUGUGGAGAAGAACCUGGUGCAGAAUAAUUGCUUGACUCGACCCACCGUAUUCCUGUCGACGGACAUCGAGCAGAAACAAGCCAUUAAGCUGAAAGACAUCGUCAAGCGGCACCAGGGCUCCACUACUGAUGACAAGUCAAAGGCCACCCACCACAUUUACCCCUCUACAUCCCAACAAGAAGAAGAUGAGUGGCUGCGUCCUGUCACGAGGAAAGACAAACAGGUGCUGGUUCACUGGGGUCUCUCCCCCGACAGCUAUGAUACCUGGGUGUCAGCAGCAGAGGUGGAUGGCGACGUGGAGGACCCCCCCAGCAACGACGAGCCAUGGAAGGUGCAUGCAAAGUGGGUUAUAGACACCGACUCGUUCAAUGAGUGGAUGAACGAGGAAGACUACGAGGUGGACGACAACAAGAAGCCAGUCAACUUCCGCCAGAGGAUCUUCCCCAAGGAGGAGGAGUCUUCCCGUACACCCGAUCGCAAGGAGCGCAAGGCCAACUCCGCCAGCAAGAAGAGGAGGCGCUCUCCCUCGCCGCCCAGCACUCCCGCAGAGUCCCGCAAGAAGGGAGGGAAGAAGGGGAACCAGACCCCUUCCUGGAAGCGGCGGGGCCACAGAGGCGAGGAGGAGGACACAGAGGAGGACCUGAACAAGGACUUGGACGACUCCUCCGCUGGCGCCAGCAUGGAGGAGGGCAGCGUGUCGAAGAACGCAAACUCAAAGAAAGACAACGAGAGUACUCCGGUGAAAGGAGGGACUUUGGCUGACCUGGAUGACAUGGAGGAUGACUCUGUGCUGUCUGGUGGAAAGGAUGAUGAGGAGCAGGGCAAAGCUGAGAUCAACCGACUGAUGGACGCCAGCGAGGACAACGUGACCGAACAGACUCACCACAUCAUCAUCCCGAGCUACAGCGCCUGGUUCGACUACAACUGCAUCCAUGAGAUCGAAAGGAGAGCCCUGCCCGAGUUCUUCAACGGAAAGAACAAGUCCAAAACUCCAGAGAUAUUCCUGGCCUACCGCAACUUCAUGAUCGAUACGUACCGGCUAAACCCUCAGGAGUACCUCACCUCCACCUCCUGUCGCAGGAACCUGACAGGAGACGUCUGUGCCAUCAUGAGGGUUCAUGCUUUCUUGGAGCAGUGGGGUCUGGUGAACUACCAGGUGGACUCCGAGAGUCGCCCGCUGCCCAUGGGACCCCCACCCACCCCCCACUUCACCGUGCUGGCCGACACACCCUCUGGCCUCAUUCCCCUGAACCACAGACCCCCUCCGAUUCCCCCUCAACAGCAGAUGCCAAACUUCGCAGACAAAAUCAAAGACAAGUCCAUCGACCUGCAGAACUACGGCCUGCGCUCCGACCUCUACAACAAGAAACAUCUCAAGGGUAAAACUACCAACUCCACCAGGGAUUGGACCGAGCAGGAGACUCUUCUGCUGCUGGAGGCUUUGGAGAUGUUCAAGGACGACUGGAACAAAGUGUCAGAGCACAUCGGGUCGCGCACCCAGGACGAGUGUAUCCUGCACUUCCUGCGGCUGCCCAUCGAGGAUCCGUACAUGGAGAGCACCGAGGCCUCUCUGGGCCCUCUGGCCUACCAGCCCAUUCCCUUCAGCCAGUCUGGAAACCCCGUCAUGAGCACUGUGGCCUUCCUCGCCUCCGUGGUGGACCCCCGGGUGGCGUCUGCUGCAGCCAAGGCAGCGCUAGAGGAGUUCUCUCGUGUGCGUGAGGAGGUCCCGGCUGAGCUGGUGGAGGCUCACGUGAAGAAGGUGCAGGAGGCGGCCCGCAACACCGGGAAGGUGGACCCCGCCUUCGGCCUGGAGAGCAGUGGCAUCGCCGGCACCGCCCCCGAGGAACCGGAGAAGUCCGAAACCCCAGAGGCAGAGAAGAUGGACGCAGACACAGACUCCCAGCAGGCCGAUAAGGCGGAGUUGAAGGACGAGGCGGAGAAGCCCAGCGAGUCUGCGGAGAAGAGCGACAAGACCGAUGCCGCGGACAAGGUGAAGAAGGAGGGGUCCGAGUCGUCGGAGCGCGAGGAGGAGAGUGAAGAGGGAGGGGAUGCCAAGGCGGCUCCAGCAGACAAAGACAAAGAGGAGUCCAUGGAGACGUCGUCCUCGGAGCCGGAGAAGGAGAAGGAGGAGAAGGCAGUUACUGACGAGGUAGAGGAGAAGAGGAAGAAACUGGAGCACGACAUCGGAGAGGGGAACAUCGCCACCGCGGCCGCCGCUGCUCUGGCAUCUGCUGCCACCAAGGCCAAGCACUUGGCGGCGGUGGAGGAGAGGAAGAUCAAGUCCCUGGUGGCUCUGCUGGUGGAGACGCAGAUGAAGAAGCUGGAGAUCAAGCUGAGGCACUUCGAGGAGCUGGAGACCAUCAUGGACCGCGAGAAAGAGGCUUUGGAGCUCCAGCGACAGCAGCUGCUCACCGAGCGCCAGGCCUUCCACAUGGAGCAGCUCAAAUACGCCGAGAUGAAGGCGAGGCAGCAGAUGGAGCAGCAGGCGGCCGCGGGUGCUGCUGCUGCCGCCGCCCAGGCUCAAGGGCAGGGGCAGGCUCCUGGAUCUGGACCCCCUCCACCAGGCAUGCACCCCGGAGGGCCCCUGCCUCACCACGGGUCACCGAUGACCCACCAUGGAGUGGCUCCUCCUGGGGCUGUCAUGCACUCCGGCUACCCCUCCAUGGGACACCACCAAAUGGGCCCCCACCACCCGGGACAGACAGGACCGAUGGGACCCGGCCAGCCGAUCCCGGGCCGUAUGAUGCCCGGCCCGCCCUCUGCCGGCCCCCCUCCCGGCGGCAUGCCUCCCAUGAUGCCCCCACGCCACCCUGGAGCUCCCAACGGCAUGUACCCCGGCCCCCCCCCUGCACAGCCUGAGGCGGUGCCUGUGGGUCCUCCAGCGCCCACCAGCGGACGGGUGGCUGACAACUAAGACCUACACACACGCAUACACACACACACACAUAAAACUAUCUCGAAACAUCUUUUUGAUGUCCUUUGCUACUGGCUCGCCAUAUUUCCCUCAAAGCGACAAUACAUUUGAUCACAGGACACACACACACACACACACACACACACACACUCAGGGUUCAGUGGCAAGGGUAACCCUAUAUCCACACACACCCACCCAGAGUUCCUCUCAGGGCACAGUGGCAAGGGUAGUCUAGUAAUAAACACUGUUUUCUGCUCGGAUGGAGACUGGAGAGAAUGAGUGUGUACAGAAAAAGUGUAUUUCCUUUUUCUUUCCUUUUUAAUGUUUUAAAUCACACUGUAACCCCCUCCUGUUUCUUAACACACACACUUCUUCGUGUCUGGUGCCUCUUUUUACAAGCUGAACACUAGGGGGAGCUAGAGAGAGACAUGCAGGGGUGUGUGUGUGUGCUCUCAGAGCUGUAACACACAGGCAGGAGGCUUAGCAGCACGUAAAGAUAUCAAUGAAAAUGAAUAACACACACACACAGAGGUGACCCAGCCUGCUCUUGUCUUGUCGAGUAUCUACCUCUUGCCCCUCUUUUAGUGAUACACUGAAGUUCUGUCUGUGAAUGUGUGUUCAAGUGUUUCAUGGCAGAGCAAAAUACAUUUUUAAGUCUUUCGCCACAAAAAUUUAUAUCUAAAAUAAAGUUGUAUUUUUUUUUUGUAAUCUGUUCUAAAAGGUUCCUUGACCCAAACAAAUAUGGCUACUGGACAUAUUUGUCCCAACUGGGUGCAGGCUGAAUAUGAUUACAUUGUUUGUCUAGUUUUCGACAAACAAAAGUGUCUCCUUAAAAUAGGAAAUGAUUGGCUGCAUACUUCUGUCAGUUUGGCUCUGAACACAAAGCCUAAUAACUAUUUAUGAUAAUGCUAAUCUAUAACAAUCUGUCAGAACAGCCGACUAGGUUUUAGCAAAUGUUACUUAAGCGGAAGUAAACAAAGCCUCGUUGUGUCUGUUUUAGCAGCAGAUUAGAAUCAUUCAGUCAGUACUUCAAUGUGGGAUUUAAUCAAAUAACUGUUUAUGGUGAUAAAAAAACAUGCCACCUGUUAUAUAAUGUGGCCUUUCGUUGUGUAAAGCAAAGAGAUGUAUACAAGGAAGAAUCUAUUUAUGGCUGCGGAUUUGUUGAAGAUAAUAUAAAAAACGUUAAAAUCAAAAGACACAAACCGAGACGCCAUAAUAGGAAAGACAGAGAAAAACUGUAUUUAUCCUUCUGCCACACAAACACACACAGAAAUGUAAGCUAAGCUGAGGCUCACACUGGAGGCGACACACACACCGACUCGGCCUGACCCUGCCACAAAGCACUGGACCAUCACACACACACACAUGCAUUAAAACACACUUAAAAAGAGAGGUAGACGCUUUGAUGCAGCUCGACUGAAACAGCGUGUUGGGCUUCUAGAUGUUUCUUAGGUGCUGAUACUGUAGCGAUUCACUCCUCCUCUCCUUCCUCUUCUGCUCACACUCCUAACGCCUAGUGCUGCCUACCUCGCUAACCCCACCUCUCUCACACACACUUCCAUGCACAGCCAUGUUUGCUUUUUAGCCACUAGCAAACAGGAAGCAAUAUCCUCAUUCCUGUGUAUCAUCGUAAGCAAUUAUGAUUCCACGUUUUAGUUUUCAAUUCUGUUACUGAUGAGGGUUAAGUAAAUACAAAAAGUGCAUAAACAACGUGGACAACCACCAAAUGUGUAUUUAAGGAGCUUUAAUCGAGUAGUCGAGCAACAGAACUGAAUUAGCCUGGUACAUUUUGAGAUUUUUCAAGCUAAAAGUAACAAAUCUUCUCUGUUUCCAGUUUUCAAAUGAGAAUAUUUUCAGUUUCUUGGUCCUAAAAUGUUGUUAGACAAAACAUAUUUUAGUUUCGGACUGUUAGUCCUGACAAAAAUAGACAUUUGGAGAAACCAGCAUAAUUUCUGACUUUUUAUUGCCUGAAAAGUAGAGAAAAUAAUCUGCCAUAUUCCGUUUGUCAAGAGAUUUAAUACCAUGACAAGCAGAUAUUUGGUAUAUUCUCACUACAAGAUCCAAUAGUACUCAUCUUAAUUGUGUUGCAGAAUAUUCCUCAGCAGUCCUGGUAUUUUCAAUGUUUGAAUUUCCAUUUCUUUCUGCUUAUUUAUCUACUUUUUGUCAAUGUUGGGUUAAAAAAUUCAAUCUGAAAGUCAAUGUUAAAAACAGCAGAUGGACUCAGUAACCAUGAAAAUCAAUAAGUAGCUGAUCUGCAGCUCAGGAUGCCCAGGGAUCCUUAAAAUGCUCAAAAUUGAACAAUCACAAUUCCAUGACGACUGUUGAGCAAUCCAAAGAUCAAGAAAGGCUUUUAAAGGAACAUGUGGUUGGAUUUGUUUCAACCAAUAGACGGAUAAUCAUUUUUAAUAAAACAGACGUGUGAUCUGAACUCGAGUGGCUCUACUCUUCUACUUAACAUGGCGUUCUACAGGUUGAUAAUAAGCUCCAAAAAGGUUGUGUUUGAUUGGAAGUCGUGACUAAAACCACUCCUCUCCCUUCUUCGCUAGCACCGUUAGCAUCUCUGCUACCUCUUCCUCGUUUGUCCGCUAGCUACCUCUUCUAGAAAUCUUCCUCUCGCUCUCUGCUACCUCUCUGCGCAUCCCUUCGCUACCUCUCCUUUCUUUUUGUACCUUCCCUGCCCACAUGACUGCUGCAUCACUGACUGUUGCCCUCUUUCUUGUCUGCUGGAGGAUUAAGACACACUCUCAUUCGACUCCUUUCCCAUUCAGCAUCUUAUCCAGGCUUGUUAUGUAAUGUCACUUAAAUAUGACGGAAAUCCCCCCCACCCCCAACAUAUAUUAUCCUUAAUCGAUACUCUUUUGUGUUAAUGGUAAUGUAUUUUUAACAAAGAAAGUUUUGUGUAGAUGGAAGUUAUCUUUGUUCUUUGGAAGUUUGUAGCAUAUGUUGUUUUUUUUUCUUUUGUAUGGGGUCUGUUGGUACUUGGACCUAGACACUGAAUAAACUGUUUUGUAUGAGA